CCCUUCUCCUCUUCAACAGACAGGUCUGGGGCUCGGACAUGAGCUCCCAAGAGACCCCACAAGCUCGGAGAUUUCCAAUAGAGGCAGGAGAUUCUCCCAGCCUGGCAACGGCCCCCGAAACUCAGGAGCCCGUUGCCCCCGAGCGCGCUGCAACAAGGCAGCUGCGAAGAUGUCCAGGGUGCCACUGCCUGACCUUGCCCAAUGUCCCCAUUGAUGUCUACAUUGCCAUGGGUGGGAGCCACAGGCCACGAACUACCUGA